CUUACUUCGUGAUUAUCUGCUUAUUGUAAUAAUAUCGUUACGAUUAUAAGAGAAAAGUUAUUUAUUAUGAAAAUAUUCGUUUUAUAUAAAAUUGGUGUACAAGCUAAAAUACUUUGAGGUUAGAAUUAUCGUGCAGUUAUUGAAUUCGUAAGAAACGUACUUUUAACGACUGUAUCUUGUAAAGUUCUAAUUCUGCCGUGAAACUUAUAUAGUGCUUUUUAGGAAACGUAUAUUCGCAGAAGCCCCAUUUCACCCAUCAUAAUCUAACCGAACAAAAACGGAAAAUAUUGCAGUAAAUUCUAAGUUAUGACUCCUGUACUGCAGAUGGUGGUACUGUUUGAAAACAGAGAUUGAACAAUUUAGGAAUAUAAUUAUAAUUGUGGACAGAAAAGAAAAUAAAUUAAACAUUCAUAAUUUUUAUUUUUAAUUCAAAUUCGAUUAAUGGAAUUUUCGAUUUCGUUAGAACUACAGUCGAUCGCCAUUUAUGCUGCGUUAAUAAUGUUCAUACUUGCAACUACAUUAACACGAUUACUCUAGGGAAGAUAUUUACGAAGGCUGACAAACUUAUGAAAUAUAUACAUUACAAAUAAAAUUGUCAACUGUUAGACAGAACAAAGAAGUUGUCAAUCAAAAACGUUCAUAUGUAUAAAUAUUUGUAAAUUAAAAAACUUUUAUAUAUAUAUAUAUAUUAAUUCUCGAUCAAAUAUUUUUUUUUUUUUUUUUAUUUGAGACCCAUUAUAUAUGAUCUUAACCUAACAUAGAAUAAACAAAUCUGUUAAAAACGUUUAAGUGGUUCUGAGUUAUAUAUUAUUUCGUGAUAAUAAUCGAUACGAAAUUGAUCGGUUCAAUUCAUAUUUAUACAAUAACUAUUAAAUUAUGGCAGAAAUCGAAUGGCCUUGGCAAUACAGUUUUCCUCCAUUUUUUACUCUCCAACCACAUGCAGAUACAAAAGCUAAACAAUUGGCAGCAUGGAAGAGUUUAGUAUUAGAAUAUUAUCGGAUCACAAGACAGGCAAUUGUAGAUAUACGAGAAGUUCAUUCAAGUCCUCUUUUUAAUAACAGUGCAAUCAACCGAAAACUGCCAUCAGAAGUAGUACUUAUAAUAUUAGAAGAAUUAAGCAAAACAGGAAAUGCUAUGCCAUUAGAUAAGACAAAACAAAGAUGGUUAGUUUAUUGGCACACAUUAGAAGAAUGGGGUGAUAUAAUAUAUAACUGGGUACAAGAAACUGGACAUGUUGGAUCUGUAUGUACUUUCUACGAAUUAACGCAAGGAGAAGACAUGGUUGAUCAAGAAUUUUAUAAACUUGAUAUGGAAGUAUUGAUAAGAUCUCUUAGAACUCUUGAGUAUGCUAAAAAGGCCGAAUUGAUCAUGUUUGAUGAUAAUCAGGGAGUUAAAUUUUUUUGAUCGCAUAUUUAUUAUCCAAAAAAUAAACAUAUAAAAAGAUUCAAUGUUAUCCAACUAUUUUUCUAAUAAUGAGAAGUGCUUAAUUAUCAUUUUUAUAAUAUUGAAACUGCCUAUUCUAUAUGUUAUUAAGAAGAACAAGGAUUAUUUGAAGGGUAAGUUAAUACGCAUACGUACUUUCAUUAGAGAAAAACAUUUGUAAUAAUGCUUCAAGAUAACUCCUACGUCAUUCAUAAUUUCACUAUAACAUUCUGUAUUUGAACACAAGUAAUUAUUGUAUUCUUUCUUGUUCUUGUUAUUAACUUAAAAUUUUUAUGAAUAACAAUUCUUAACAAUUAAAUAUAUUCCAUAUGCAAAUUGUAUAUGUACAAUGUGAUUUAGAUUAUUGCUUGAUAGUAUAUCAUAAUAAUUUAAGAUAUUAUAUUUAUGAAUAUAACGGCAUAUAUACUCUUAAAUUAUUAUAUGUAUGGCUUUUGUACAUAUGUAUAUAAUAAAUCUAUGUGAAUAUGGUGAAAAGAGUUUAAAGCUAAAUUGACCGUGUUGUAGAUUUGUAUUUGCAUUUGUAUGUACAUAUAUUAAAAGUGAUAUUCACAAAAUUCUGCUAUACAAACUUUUUAGUUUGUAAGCGCAUUAUAUUAAAUAACAUAAAAAUGUAUAAAUCUCUAAAGAGACACAGUUGAACUGUGCAAUAUAAUAUAAUAUCAUAUAAAUGCUAUUUUGAAUAGCAUGCAGAAAAAAAAAAAAAAAAAAAAAGAAAAAAAAAGAAAAAAAAAAGAAAAAAAAAAGAAAAAAUUAUGCUUCUGCUUUUCGCAAUUGAGCAAGUUCAAUAGAAUCUUCUGUUUGAUUCAAUGCAGGUACAUCAAGUUCUCCUUUGCUCAUAUGUUCGAUUAUACAAGCUCCGAGUGCAUCACACAUUACAUUAAUCGUAGUUCGGAAUCGAUCUCUAAAGAAAUCAAACCCAUCAAGUAUAUAAUAUUAUGGUUUAGAGAAAAAAUGACACAAAUAGAUAAUGCAAUUUUAGAUUUAAACGUAAACUUACAACAGCCAAUCUACGGCAAUAAUAAGGGUGACAUCCUUUGCGGGUAAACCUAUGGUGUCUAAUACCAUAACCAUUGUAACAAGACCAGCUUGUGGUAUACCAGCUGCACCUAUACUUGCAGCCGUUGCAGUCACACUUAAAAAAGACGUGAAAGUGAUUAAUUUUACCAGAUACUUGACAGUCAUUUCAUAAGUAUAUAUUUUUUAAAGAUAUGAUAAAAAUAAAAUACCUAACGCCAAUGAUAUUGCUAAGAGUCAAUGAUACGCCUCUAACUUGAGCAAUAAAUAUAGCUGCAACUGCUUCAUACAAUGCAGUCCCAUCCAUAUUGAUAGUUGCACCAAUUGGUACAACAAACCUUGUUAUCCUAGGAUCUGCUCCCAUAUUAUCCAAGCACUGUAGAGUAACUGGCAGUGUGGCAGUACUGAGUGAGUAAAUGUAUUUAUAUAUAAUAACUUUUUACAACAAUUGCAAUAAAAAUUUAUAAUAUUCACCUUGAA